AUCUCGCGCCAAUUUUUGGUGGGGCGUAAAUAUAGCGAACAACAACUGAUAGUUUUAUUUUACAAUUUGGGUGUUUAUCAGAAUAAUUUUUCGAAAUCGCCACACAGAGGGAUAGAACAUUUCACAGCAACGCAUGUAGAAAAUUUAAUGAAGUUGGAUCAUUAUGUCAAGGGAAAAGCAACCUCUAUUGCCCAAUGGCUUUGAUUUAGCUAGUCUUCAAGAUCUGGAUAAUGAUUCAGAUGCUGAGGCAGCGUAUGAAUCCUUCAGGACUGACCAAGGUGUCCCAACAUUUUCACAGGAGAGUGAUCCAGGUGUGACCCUGUCUCAGGGCUCCACCUGUUCACACCAAUCACAAAGAGAUGAAUAUACCAAUCAGUGUCUGCAGUCACAGACUGAUUAUGAUCUCACAGACUCUGUACUGAAAGAAAACCUUGCAAUUCCUGAUUCACUUUCAGACGUUAUUCAGGAAGCAGAGAACAUGGUGCACACUCAGGUACUCUCCAGUGAGAACUUUGUCCAGCCUUUACAAAAAAUGUCCAGGCCUCCUUUGGGUGUUUGUAACCGUAAUAUACCAGCAGAGGACAGUGCUUUUUUGAGUCCAGUUACUCCAACAAAAGCAACAGAUUUGAAUGUAGAUCCGUUAACUCCUACUGCCAACUUGAAGAUUUUGAUCAGCGCAGCAAGUCCAGAAAUAAGGAAUAGAGACAAUAAAAAGAAAGAACUUUUUAAACAAGAGGAGAUGGCAUUAGGACAGUCCUCGGAUUCUUGGACAGGCAGUGAAUCCCUUUCCUCAGAUUGCCAUUUUGAAGAUGGAGAUGAUGAUAAAAAUUAUUUGCAAGGAGGGUUAAGCAGGAAAGAUAAAUCUUUAGGACUGCUUUGUCAAAGGUUCUUAUCCAAGUUUCCAGAAUAUCCAGCGCAGUCUGAGAUCAUUGAGAUAUCUCUGGAUAGUGUGGCCAAGGGUUUGGGUGUUGAAAGACGGCGUAUCUAUGACAUUGUGAAUGUUCUGGAGAGUGUUGAAGUUGUAAGCAGACAGGCUAAAAAUAAAUAUUUGUGGCAUGGUAAAACUAAUCUGCCCCACACAUUGGCAAGACUGAAGACUCUUGCCAAACUGGAGGGUUUUGCUGAGAAGAUUGAAAGAAUGAAAGAAUUUGAGAUGAGCAGAGAUGUAGACAGUGGUGAUGAGUUUGAGUUUCCCAGCAAAUUAAGCACAAUGUCGGUCCAGGAGAGCCUGUCCUUUCAGAACCAGGAGAACAUGGAUGCCUAUGCACAGGCUCAUCUGAGAAAAGACAGAUCUCUAGGAAUUAUGAGUCAGAAGUUUCUGAUGUUAUUUUUGGUGUCAAAGCCCAAAAUGCUAAAUUUGGAUCUUUCUGCCAAAAUACUCAUUGGGGAUCCAAAUAUUGACCGGACAGAUGGCUCAAAAUUUAAAACUAAAAUUAGAAGACUUUAUGACAUAGCCAACAUUCUCACCAGUCUGAACCUAAUCAAGAAGGUUCAUGUAACAGAAGUCAGGGGUAGAAAACCAGCUUUUAUGUAUAUUGGACCAGAUCUCAGCAGCUUGAGUGAAGUAACAGCAUGUUCGGCAGAUGGAAGUGAAAACCAUCGACCUAGUACAAAACACUCCAUGUUGGACUGUGUUAUGAACCCUAAGGUGUGUGGACUAACAAGUGCUCAGAAAACCCCUGCUCCUCUUCACCCCAAAAACUCCUUAAUAAACCAGGCUGUUGGUCCAGUAGUAUUAAAUAAGCUGGAAUCUGGAGCAGUGCCAGUUCCAGUCCCUAGAGAAGACAAAGGCAGAGUCCAGUCCAUCAAACAAGAAGAACGAAGUACCAAACUGACUGGGAAAAAAGGGUUUACUAGACAUUCAUCUUUUGAACUCAUCUGCAAGGCUGCAGAGGAUGAAAGAAGCAAAUUGUACUCAAAUGCCUCAAGUCCUGGCACACUAUCACGUAGUCAAGGUAACAUUCCAAUGACCCUAAAAUCACUGCUAGACAGAAAAGAACCUCUUAGUCAAUCAAACAUGCACACAACAGAAAAUUUGGCACCCAGGACAGAGAUUCCAUCCAAGAAAACACCAACAUCUCUGCCUGAGCAGCAACCAGUGACCAGAAAGCGCAUUGUGAUAAUCAAAGGAGACAAGAGGGUUCACAUCAUGCAGGAGAAUAUCCCCAGUGGUACAGCUGUCCGAAAGGUCACUCUGACUCCUGUUGGGCCAUCUAUGAUCAAAGGUCAAGAGCAAAAGUCCAGUGAAAAGAUCAUAAUUAAGACAGUACCUGAUGACAAGGGUUCUGGAAAAGUGUCUGUAUCCAAGGACCAGCUGACAGCAGUACUGCAGCCUGUGAAUCGGACCACAACCCACGCUGAGCAUACUGAUGUAAAGCCAGAGAAUUUGGCCCCUUCCAUUGUAACUGGUGAGCAAUUCACAUCUGUAAGUGAAGCUGCAGUGCGUCGUAGCAAAAGAACUGUGCAGCAGCACCAUCUUGCUGGAGACUUCCAUUAUGAGAUGCCAGGCAAAAAGAUCAAGGUUGAUCAACAAGUAGCAGCAGACAAUCCCAAUGUACACCAGUCAAAGCAUGAAAGCCAAAGCUCACCGGAAAACACCUGCUCUGCUCAAGAUUCUGAAGUGGCAAAUAUCACCCAGCGGCCAGUUGAGAGGACAAGGAGGGAGAGUAAAGGAAGACCUUCCCCUCUACGAGCACUACACCUGCAGGCAGAGUUCUGGUCAUCUCCUCCACUGUCACAUCUACCUAUCCCACCUGCCCAGUCAUCAGAUGUGGUGACCAAGGUCUCUGAGGGGGACCUGGAGUUGGCAUCCCCUUUACCCAUAGAGGAACAGCAGUAUGGUGGUGGUAGUGGUGAUUGUGAAGUCGAGAAAGUUAAUACACAUGUUGGCCAACAGAACAGUUGCUCUGCCAUGCAUGCAGUUGCCCCACAGAUGUUCAUGCAAACCCAUCAGCACUCAGAUUGUUCAGUGUUUAAGUUCCCAGUCCAGGUCUCCUCAACAGCAGCAUCAUAUCAACUGCCCAUUUCUCCUGGGUAUUUUCAGGUUUCUAAAGUCCCAGCUUUUUUCCCUCAUCAUCAUCAUCAUCCUCAUCCUCCUGUACCUUUCUCUGCCCCCUCCCAGUGGUAUGGAAGGUCAUCAGUACAGUUUAUGCCAGGGGGUUUCAACACCGGUCCAUUGCAUGUUAUCCCACCAGCUGAGAUCUUGUCCCCACCAGCUCUAAGCCCCUUCAGCAGCUCUCCAAGCCCCAACAGCAGUUCUAAUGUGUUCUCAUUUGGUAACCCAUCUGAUCUUAGGACACCAGAAGCUGUCGAGAAGCGUCCAUUUUCUUCCUCUUCUUCCAUGUCUCAAACCUCGCCGCUCGGUGACCUAAGUUCACUUACGCCUAGUAUUUCACAGGUGCCACUGUUGAAUAUUUCUCCAAAGAACAAAUCUGUUCUUACUGCUGGAGAAAGUUGCUCAGUUACCAGCUAUCAUUCCGCUCUAGGAAUGGCAACACCACAGCAGAUGCAUAAUUCUUCUGUUUCACAAUAUGCAGAUCCACUUUCUUAUCCCAGGACUCCAGGAUUUGUAACCCCUGAUAGUUCACAGAAUAUUCCCCAUACUGUAACUGGAAAUAUGUCCACCACUGCUAGACAUCUUCAGUUACUUAACAACAACAAUAAUAUAUGUGGAUGAAAUUGAGUUAUAGCAAUAAGUGAUAAAUAUUGAAUAAGGUUGCAAUGGAUGUUUCUUUGUUAUAUUACUUGACUGUUUCCUGUAUGGCAUUAACACUAGGGGAAAAUGUAUUGUUACUUUUACUACCUUAUCUAAUGCCCAAGGAAGUGAAAUUAAACUUGUGUUUGUAUGGUUUUAUGAGUGGCAGUAUUUAAACAGUAUUUAAAGUAAUUAAGUUAUUUUUCAGGUAUAAUAAUUUAAUUUUAAUGGUUUGUAGACAUUUACUGUUGCACUUUGAUUUUAAUAAUUAGUAAUCAAACUUCAGCAACAAAAGCAAGUUGUUUUAAAUAUUUCAUUUUGAAUAUUUUUAUAUAUGCCAAGUUUAAAAUGAGCACAUGGUUAUAAGUAAAGCACAAUCUUUUUAUGAUGUAUGCCAACAUGCUUCUAUAAAUGUUUUGAUAUUUGUACAGCAUCUUGUACAAAUUGGAAAUUAGUUUUCUUUAUUAUUUAAAGAAUUUUCAUCUGUAUAUUGUUUAAUUUCAAAUGACAAGUUAGUAGGUCAAGGACCUGAUGUAUUUGUAGUGUUAUAUUGUUAUACAGCAGCUAUGUACUCUCACUAGCUUUAGACUACAUUCUUUGUCAUAUUGGUUGUGGGUGAUAUGACAUGUAAAAACAACUAGAACCAGUGAAAUUUGCUCAUGAAUGAGGCAGCAGUUAAUACCAACCAUAGCUAUCCAUUUACCAGGUAAUUCUUCAGGGACCAAUAGGUUAUUAACAUUAGUGCAAGAAACAUUAUCUUUUGAUAAUAUUUAGUUAUGAGAAGUUGUAUAUCUGUUAGAUAUAGGGAGAUAUUAGGUGCUUCAUUUGUUUUGUAUUGCAAUUUUUAAUCCAGUGUGUUAGUGUUAAAACUAAAAGGAUGUACAGCACACACAAAGGAAUGAGUAGACAAUGUAAAGGAAGCUAGUUCAAUUCAUCUUUAAUGAUGGCCAUGCAAAAUGUAUUCAAUCAGAAAUCAGUUGAAAUAAAUGUAAA